UAUUAGACUAUGCUACUUUAAAUAUGUACAUUCCUUUUUGCGGCGUUCAAUGUGUUUGCAUCACAUUUUCAACUCUACGGAUAGUUUUUUAAAAUUAAUUAAUUAAUUAUUUCAUUAAUAAACUGCAUGGUUUCCCAAGUCGUAGAGGGAGGACCACACAAUAUAUCAUAGCGUGACCUCAAUUUUACUUCGAUAUUAUGGUUAUUAUAUCAAUAUAUGCUCAUAAAGGCGUUUCCCCCGCCGUUGGUUGCAUAAUUAAUUUUACCGAUAGCAAAAGAUCUCCGCAUUUCGAACGAACAAACAUAGUCGCAGCCGUCAUGUUUUUUGUGUUUUUUUAACAUAUGGGAUGACUUCACUCGCAUAAAAACUGGAUGGAUAAGUGGUUAUUGAGCCGAUAUUGGACAAAGAACUUUCUCUCCUGUCACACUUGCCAUCGAUCUGUGUCUGACUGUGUCCAUGAUGCGCUGCCUCGUUCAGAAGAAAACAUACCUCGUCAUUUUAUCUCCACUGCUACUAUUCGCCCUCCUCUGCUACUGGACUCGAAGGGCCACCACCACUGUUGACGUGGGACCAGGCCAGAGCUACAAGGCACAGAAGGUUCUGAAGGAGAGGCUGCAAAAUGUCCAGAAUGGUUAUGACAAUAUCCCAUAUGUCCUGAAGGAAAGUGUGGCAGGGCGUCUGGCAAUGAACGUGUGUGUGUGUGAGGCAGAUAAGAAGCCUGCCAUCGACCUGCCUUUUGCCCAAGUGCUGUUCCCCCGUGUCUGGGCCCAGGAUGACUUCCACACAGCCUUCCAGGAGGCAGAGCUGGCUCAGGUGAAAAGUCGCAGGCAGCAGGAGUACAACAGCUUCCAGCAGAGAUACCAGACUCCCGCAGACCUCCUUGUUAUAGCAGAAGCCAACAGUCCCCUACAGUACCCUACCCAGGGGGUGGAGGUUCGCCCUCUCAAGACUAUCGUUAUCCCUGGGUUGGGUCUGAAAGAAAAGCAUAGACAGCUUUAUACAGUGAAUCUGACUGCUACCCUGGGGACAUUUGAUGUGUUAGCCACCGUAGACGGGGUCUCCAUUAGAGGACAGGGAGUGAUGCACAUGACUUUGUCCAGUAGACUCCUCUCCACUCUGAACAGACAGCUACAGUUUGUCACCUACACCAACACCUUGUUCCACCCUAGGACGGCUGAUGCAGUGCAGUUUGAGACUGAUGGACACCAGUCCGUUUUUACCAUAAAGGUUGGACAUGCUGUUAUUCCCAAGCUCUAUCACUCAGGUUACACUGGAGAAUACAACAUAAGCUCACUUGUCACCAUAGCUACCAAGACAUUUCUGCGUUAUGACAAACUGCAGGAUCUGAUUGACAGCAUACGGGAGUUCUAUCCCACUGUCACCAUAGUGAUAGCAGAUGACAACGAGCACCCCCAGCCAGUGAUGGGUCCACACAUUGAACAUUACAUUAUGCCGUUUGGGAAGGGUUGGUUUGCAGGGAGAAAUCUGGCUGUCUCUCAGGCGACCACCAAGUAUGUGCUGUGGGUGGACGACGAUUUCCUCUUCACCUCCAACACCAGACUGGAGAAUAUGGUGGAGAUCCUGGAGAAGACCACCCUGGACAUGGUGGGUGGUGCUGUGAGAGAAGCUACAGGCUACACUGCUACUUACCGCCACACCAUCUCAGUGGAGGAAGGGGGUGAGGAGGGGGACUGUAUACACAUCAGAAAUGGAUACCAUCAUGUCAUUGAGGGCUUUCCUAACUGUGUCCUAGCCGACGCUGUUAUCAACUUCUUCAUGGGGAGGACAGACAAGAUGCAGCAAGUGGGAUUCGAUCCUCGUCUGAACCGUGUGGCUCAUCUAGAGUUCUUCAUCGACGGGCUUGGGAUCCUCCACAUAGCUUCCUGUGAUGACAUCAUCAUAAACCAUGCAUCUAAGAUCAAGUUGCCAUGGGGCAAGUCGCCCAGUGAGAAGGCCUACGCCAAGUUCCGCUACUCCUCAUCGGAUGCUGUCCAAAUCAAAAAUUCCCUUUUUUACUUCAAGAACAGACUCAAAUGCAUGUCUAGUAACUGAAACAGGUUCUACAAGCUAUCACUUGAGGUUUUAAAACUGAGGUUUUUAUUUUUGUUACACUGAGCAGCCAUUUUUUGUCAUCACCAACAGAGGUGUCAUGCCCAUAGGGGGCAUAGGGGCAUGUUCCCCCCUCGGAUUAUAUUUUGUGAAUGUAAUUGUUGUUUCUCUGUAAUACUACUAGCCACCAAUGAUUUUUAUGAGGUUGGCUUUAGCUAAUUCAGAUUGAGAACCUCUCCCCCAACCUUAUAACUAGCUAACAAUGAGAAGCCAUUUCAGGAUAUCAAUCAAGCUAGAGUAGCUGGCAUGCCUGCUGACAAGGUUCGUAUACUUUAGAAAAGAACGCAAUAACUAAAUGCACUGAAUACGACUCAUAUUCCUUUCAAUCUUUUACCCGGGUUUUAGCAGAGAUUCGGAGAAUAAUAUGUAUCACCAGGAUACAGAGGCUCAAGAGGGUUUGAUAAGUAACCAGUAAAAUAUACAUAUGUUUUAGAUAUAUGAAGCGUAAUGAUUAUAGAUGGCAGGAAAAAGCUGUUUCGGGUUUUAAGAACAACUGUAAAAUCUCCAACUCCCGGACGAGGGACAUAAACCCUCCCCCAGCCAUCCUCAUGUACUUUGUGCCCCCUCUGAUUUUUGGUCACCACCACAGCAUUUUUUGUGGACACAGUGAAUGUUUGGAAACAAACAUUGAAAGUGAAGAACCAAGCCAAUGAGCAUCUCCUUUGUCUGUGCUCCUUUGUCAGGCUUUGGUCACGGUGUGUUACCACCGUAGAGAAUGAUAGAGACGUGAUCUUUCUAUGUGUCCCAUUAUGACAUCUGUGAGCACACAAAAACUAGAACAUUUGCUUUGCUUAAUAUAAGGAAUUUGAAAUUAUUUAUACUUUUUCUUUUACUUUAUUUUAGCAAUUACAUUUACUUUUGAUAACUAAGUAUAUUUUAAACCAAAUACUUUGACUUUUACUCAAGUAUAAUUUUACUGUGUGUCUUUUACUUGAGUCAUUUUGUAUUAAGCUAUCAUUACUUUUAGUAACGUAUUGGGUACUUUUUCCACCACUGCAAACAGAAAGGGUGCAUACUGCGAAUGAAUGUUUUGCUCACAAGUAUAAUUCAUUGGCUCAGCCCUCCUGGUGACCUGGGUUUAAUUAUGAGAGCCUUCCUUAACCCUUUAGAAGUCCCACCUAGUUGACUGCUUUUAAAAUGGAGGAAGCACUCAAGGGCAAAGUCCAUGCCAAAACAGGUUUUAUCAAUCUAGAGUCCUCUAACUAACUAUGGUAUUAACAGACUGUGCCAAAGUGUGAGUCAUGACAUAGUACUGAAGUGUAAGGUCUUCUCCCUCCUGAUUACUUUAAUUACCUGACUUAAACCCUCUUGCUCUUUGAGGAGCAUAUGAUAUCCUCCCACUCUACUACUCUCGACAAAGUUAUCACUGUUCAAUGUUUACGUGGCAAACCUGUCUAUCAUGGGGUUUGCCAAAUUAAUGGGGCGGCAGGUAGCCUAGUGGUUAGAGUCUAGUGUUUAGAGCGUCGGACCAGUAACUGAAAGGUUGCUAGAUUGAAUCCCGAGGUGGCAAGGUAAAAAGAAAACUGUCGUUCUGCCCCCGAACAAGGCAGUUAACCCACUGUUCCUAGGCCAUCAUUGUAAAUAAGAAUUUGUUCUUAACUGACUUCCCUAGUUUAAUAAAACAUCAUGGUCUGUUUAUGGCUCCCUAUAUAGUGCACUGCUUUUGUAUAGGAAACACUGUGCUAUUUGGGACACAUCCAUGGUCUGAGAUCACAAUAUGAACUUUACUUUAUGGAGACUGACAUUCUGAAUAUUGUCCUGAAUUCACGCCAUCCAAACAUCUUUUCAUCUAGCUGCAGCUCUUCCAACCAAUCAAAGACUUACUUCCUUUGAAAUGAAAUGUAGGUUUACCUAUAAUAUGCUUUUCUAUUUUUGCACUCUUCAUGAAAAGCAUUUUGAUUGAUGAAUUUCAUUAACUUGCUGUCUUUUUUAUACAAAGAACUGUAAUGAUCUGUUUGUAUUGCAUAAUCAUGGACACCUACCAGAGCAUGAUGUCCUGCCAAUGUAAUAAUGAUAAAGCCAGGCAGGUCACCCAUGAUACAAGUAUUCAACGUGAUAUAGAUUAAUGUAUUCUCUUCAUGAUGAAUUCAAGCAGUCAUACUUUUUGUAUUAUUUUGCAUGAAUGUUAGUGAGACUGUGUGAUAUCUCGUUACAUGCUGCCAUUAUACUAUUUACUAUUUACUAUAUAUAUAUUUCUACAUAUAUAUUUGCCGUUAUACUAUUUACUAUAUAUACUAUUUGACCACAAGGUGGAACCAGAGACCUGAAUAAUGAUUGUCUAUAGAAAUCUAGUACUGUUUUGUCCCUAAUGUCAAGUUCAGUUUUCUACAGUUAAAUCAUGAAAAUGUAUUUUUUUUUAUUAUUAAAAUGUAAUGGUUAAGUUUA